AUGGAGAACCACCGGCUUCGACGUAUAGUACGCCAGACGCUGCGCGGAACCGCCGUGGUAGUGACUAUCUUGCUGGCAAUACAAUGGACCUUCAAGAGCUCGAGCAACAGCAAGGCCAGCAACUAUAUCAACAGCCGGCUGGGUGCGAACGGCGCCUCUUCGACCCCUGAACCCCAUGGUACUGUGUGGGAGACCAUCAGGAACGAUACCCGUGUCUCCAAAUUUGUCAAAGUAUUGGGAGAAUUCAAGAGCAUCGUAGCUGGUCUUGAUGCGCCAAAGGCCAAGUUCACCGUCUACGUCCCAACCGACGAAGCGUUUGAGAAGGAGACUUUUGCCUGGGAUCUACCGUCCUUCUACUGGCUCUACCUGAUCGGAUAUCAUAUGGGUGCAGGGGCACUUUCGCAGAAGGAUUUCUCGCACAUGACUACAGCGCCGUCGUUUGUCUUUGCAGACGUCUUCGAGACAUAUCGCCAACGCAUUAGCAUACAGAGGAUAGAUGAAGGUGACAGCUUCAUGUUGAACCAUGUAGCCCGGCCGGCUGCUCCUGAGAUGGUGAGUGACUGGCGCUUUUUGUUUAACAGGUGUACAUCUAUAUAA